AUGAAGAAGAAAAAAACCAGAAAAACAAGAAAUAAGAAGAAGAAGAAGAAAGCGAAAAGACGUUGCUCGACGUGGUUUCACCGACUUGACGGCGAGGAGGAGAGGGAUGAGUCUGAGGAGGUGCUUCCUCUCCGCUCGACGAUGAUUUUCUCAGGGGAAGGGGAGCGGGAGGGGAGGGCCAUUGUUGAUGAUGAGGAUGGUGUUGUUGUUGUUGUUGUUGUUGUUGUUGUUGUUGAAGUUGUUGUUGAGGGUGUGGUUUGGCGGCGGGAUUGGUGCCAUGAUGUGUAG